AUGCGUUCUCUUGCCGCUGUCCGUGGGGUAGAACCCGUUCAGGAGUUGGCGAUCCCGUCUUCCAUCGAAGGCGACGGGAAUUCUGAUGCCGAAAUGGCUGGAGCUCAGGAUACCAUAUACCUAUGCAACUUCCGCGUGUCAGUAGAUGGUGAAUGGCUGUGUCUGAAGGAGCUACAUGACAUGGAGAUGCAGGAUUCCUUUAUCCGACCCUCUGAUAAUGGUGCGAUCACUUCUCCGGACGAUCCUAUGCAUUCAUUGAUGGCUCGUGAUCCAGUGGUGAUAGAACGUAGCAAUCUCGUGAACAUCUCCAAGCUGAUUGUAAAGGAAUUGAUUGAACAAUCUCUCCGCUAUGGCCGGAUGCUCGACAGCGACCACUUACCGCUACAUCACUUCUUCAUUGUUCUCGAGCAUGUCAUGCGUCACGGCCUCAAACCUAAAAAGGGACUACUCGGGCCGAAGAAGGAGCUAUGGGACAUCUUGCAAAUGGUUGAGAAGUACUCUCCUGAGGCGGCAGAUAUUACAGCAAGUGUGCGAGACUUGCCCACCGUUAAAACGGCUAUGGGACGCGCCAGAGCUUGGCUUCGCUUGGCACUGAUGCAGAAGAGACUUGCCGAUUACCUAAGAAUACUACUGGAGCGCCGAGAAGAAACAUUGGAGGAAUACUUUGAACCCCACGCCCUGAUGCUGAAUGAGGAGGCGGUCAUCAUAACGGGUCUACUUGUUGGUUUAAAUGUCGUUGACUGCAAUUUGUGUGUCAAGGAAGAAGAUUUAGACAGUCAGCAAGGUGUGAUCGACUUCUCUCUAUACCUGCGCGGGAGUAGCUCCUCCCACGAUCUCGCAAAUAACGGUAACAAUGGAAAUAACGAGCCCAAGCAACGACAUAUCAAUACGAUGCUGGAUCAGAAGAAUUAUAUUGAGGAGCUGAAUCGACACCUUAAUGCCACGGUAGCGAACCUGCAGUCAAAAGUGGAAGGUCUGACAACAACCAAUGCUCUGAUGAAAGAAGAUCUAGCUAUUGCCAAGAACACAAUGAUACAGCUGGUCGAGGAGAAUAAUCAAUUGAAACACGCAUUAGGUCAAGACAUUACUAAAGAUAGCAGGAUCAAAGUGACCGAGUUGCAUGAAGAGGAGGAAAAACGCAGCGUGAAAAGUACAACGUCAGACAAAUCGAAAAGCGACAAAGACACGGAAUCUGCGAAACUGUUGGAGGAAGAAAGGAAGAAGAAUGCGGAACUUCAGAAAGAACUUGACUUGCAAAUAUCGCUUAAGGCAGAAAUGGAGGUCGCAAUGAAAUUGUUAGAGAAAGAUAUACACGAUAAACAAGACACAAUUAUCUCUCUCAGACGGCAGCUGGAUGACAUAAAACUUCUCAAUUUGGAAAUGUACAAAAAAUUACAGGAAUGCGAGGUGGAUCUCACGAAGAAAGGCGAAAUGGUCUCCAGGCUUCAAGGAAAGGCUGAGCAAAUUGGCAAAAUACUUCACAACUUAGAAAUAUAUAAUAAUUUGCUGGGACCCGAGCACGAUCUCGUUAAAGCGCUUAGAUCGCCCUCUAACGAAUCGCUCGGGGCCAAACUAGACACUAUAAAAGCACAAAGUAGCGCUCAAAAGGGUACAAAGUCGAAAGAUGAGGGACCGCCGAAAAAGAAAAUUAACCUACAGGAAAUACCACCGUUCCGUAAAAAUAAAACUAUUAAAGAAUAA